GAGAGAGUAGUCCAUUAGUUCCCAGGCCCUUCUUUCUCUCCUUCGUCUCGCUCACUCCGUGGUUCCAUAUGCCCAAACCCAAAAGCUCCUGAUUUCCCGAUUAUUGAUUGCAUUAUAUUGGUAAUCUCAGAACAUUUCGUCGUGAAAAUUUUUAUCAGAAAUUGGGAGUGGGGGAUUAUUUUAAAAUGGCUCAGGCAGUCGAGGAAUGGUAUAAGCAGAUGCCUGUCAUCACCCGCUCGUAUCUCACAGCCGUUAUUGUCACCACCGUCGGUUGCUCCCUCGACAUAAUAUCACCAUAUAAGCUGUACUUGAAUCCAGUGCUAGUGGUCAAGCAAUAUCAGUUCUGGCGCCUCAUCACCAAUUUCUUGUACUUCCGGAAGAUGGACUUGGACUUUAUGUUUCAUAUGUUCUUUCUUGCUCGAUACUGCAAGCUCCUUGAAGAGAACUCAUUCAGGGGAAGGACGGCUGAUUUCUUUUACAUGCUGUUAUUUGGUGCCACUGUUUUAACUGGAAUUGUUCUUAUUGGGGGCACGAUACCUUAUUUGUCAGAGUCCUUUGCAAAAAUUAUAUUCCUUAGCAAUUCAUUGACAUUCAUGAUGGUCUAUGUGUGGAGCAAGCAAAAUCCUUUCAUACAUAUGAGUUUCUUGGGCCUUUUUACUUUCACAGCGGCUUAUCUACCAUGGGUUCUUUUGGGAUUCUCUGUUCUUGUUGGUGCUAGUGCAUGGGUGGAUCUACUGGGAAUGAUUGCUGGUCAUGCCUACUAUUUUCUUGAAGAUGUGUAUCCACGAAUGACAGAUCGCCGGCCUUUAAGAACUCCAUCAUUUAUUAAAGCUCUAUUUGCAGAUGAGCAUGUUGUUGUGGCACGGCCUGCAAAUGUGCAAUUUGCUCCACCAGCAGCAGAUGAUGUUCUCCAAGGUUGAUCAUGACUGCUAUGUUUAUGGUGGCUAGCCCUCAGGGUAUUGAUCUGGGAUUGGAAAUGGCAAGCAUCAAUUGGAAGGUAGAUGGUGGGCUCUGUAAUGUAUUGAACAGUUGAAGUAUACACUUACAUGCUAAUUGCUUUUGUGCAUUUGGUCAACUGAAGGUUUAGCAAACAUACCAUAAAAGGUUUUUGCCAAAAUUACACAAAAUUUUCAUGUUUCUGUUGCCUGUUUGGAUUUGUCAUGCUGUUUCCAUCUCUGUUUCUGGAAGUCUGGGUUUCAUUUCUGGUUAA